CUGCAGCUAUUGGCGGGCUUCGUAGCUUCUCCCCACUCCCACUUUGCCGGCCCCUUCCGCUGUGACCCCUUCUUACUCAGCUCCGAAGCUCCUUCGGGACUGCGACUGGCGCGAGUUGUUUUGAUCGCUUCUCUUCUGUAUUUUCGCCGGCCUUCUCCUCACGUGUUUUAACUUCGUUUUUGUGCUUUCUAGGUGCCUCAGGCCGUCACUGCAAUGGCUCCUAUACGUUCAGAACUUAAACUUGGCAAAAAAAUUAAUGAGGGGAAAACAAAAGAAGUCUAUGAACUGCCAAAUCUCCCAGGAUGUGUCCUGCUUCAGUCAAAAGACCAGAUAACAGCUGGCAAUGCAGCUAGGAGGGAUCUCAUGGAAGGGAAGGCUGCAAUCUCAAAUACAACAACAAGUUGUGUGUUUCAGGUGCUCCAGGAAGCAGGCAUUAAAACUGCUUUUGUGAGAAAACAUAGUGACACCGCAUUUAUAGCUGCUCACUGUGAAAUGAUUCCAAUUGAAUGGGUUUGCAGAAGAAUUGCUACAGGUUCUUUCCUGAAACGGAACCCUGGGGUCAAGGAAGGCUACCGCUUUUACCCACCUAAAAUUGAGAUGUUUUAUAAGGAUGAUGCAGCAAAUGAUCCACAGUGGUCUGAAGAGCAACUCAUUGAAGCUAAGUGGAAGCUGGCUGGCCUUGAAAUUGAACAAACUGAAGUUGACAUUAUGGCCCAAUCUACUCGAGCUAUUUUUGAAAUACUUGAAAAAGCAUGGCAGCCCUUGAACUGUACUUUAGUGGACCUGAAGGUUGAGUUUGGAGUCAGUGUAGCUACAAAAGAAAUAGUUCUCGCUGAUGUCAUUGAUAAUGAUUCUUGGAGAUUGUGGCCAUCUGGAGACAGAAAACAGCAGAAAGACAAACAGUCUUACCGAGAUCUCAAAGAAGUGACUCCUGAGGCACUGCAGAUGGUGAAGAGAAACUUCGAAUGGGUGGCUGAAAAAGUGGAGUUGCUGCUGAAACCACAGAGCCAAGGCAGAGUGGUUGUGUUAAUGGGCUCAACUUCAGAUCUUGGUCACUGUGAAAAAAUCAAAAAAGCUUGUGGCAACUUUGGCAUUCUUUGUGAAUUACGAGUGACCUCUGCUCACAAAGGACCAGAUGAAACACUGAGGAUCAAAGCUGAAUAUGAAGGUGAUGGAAUUCCUACAGUGUUUGUAGCAGUUGCUGGAAGAAGCAAUGGCCUAGGUCCUGUGAUGUCUGGAAACACUGCGUAUCCAGUUGUAAACUGUCCUCCACUCUCGACAGAUUGGGGUGCCCAGGAUAUAUGGUCAUCUCUGAGAUUGCCCAGCGGUCUUGGCUGUUCUACAAUUCUUUCACCUGAAGGUGCUGCCCAGUUUGCUGCUCAGAUUUUUGGGCUGAAUAACCACUUAGUGUGGGCUAAGUUGCGGUCAAGUAUGUUGAAUACAUGGAUCUCCCUCAAGCAGGCCGACAAAAAGAUGAGAGAAUGCAAUUUAUAAAUAGCUUCUUCAGCCAUUGCUCUGCCAGCCACCAGAACAUGUUGGUAUAUCAUUUCUAAUACAAUAACUCUCACCUAAUAGGAAAUUCUUCCCAUAUUUCUUUUAUCAUAAAGAGAUGAAUCUGCAGAUGAUCCUUUGUUCCAAGCACACGAAAGCUAAUCUCUAACUUUUAGAAACCAGUAGAACUUCACAAAAGUUAUCAUUAUUUCUGUAGAAUAGUUCUUACUGAUCCAUUUUGAUAUCUUAUUAAACAGAACUGGUUACCUGUAUAGAGCCGGAAUCCUGUACAGUGUGUGCCCACUUGUUAAUUCUCAAAAGUUUUUACUAAAAAGUUAGCAAUAAUGACCAUCUUAACUUAGAUUCUAAUUAAGACGUUGUUCUGAGUUGUAGUCUGGCAUUGUUGUAACAUAGGGAAGGUUAGCUAUUGUUUCAAUAUGAUAUUGUGAAAUCUAUAUUGAGGGAGAAAGUUUUAACAAAUGGGAAUAAAAACAACUUUCACUAGUGA